AUGUAUGUAGAUGACAUUAUUUUUGGUUCUUCAAAUGAAGAGCUUUGUCAGGAAUUCGAACAAGUUAUGAAAUCAAAAUUUGAGAUGAGUGCAAUAGGUGAACUGAAGUUUUUCAUUAGGCUGCAAGCGGAUCAAGAAGUGAAUGGCACGUAUAUUCAUCAGACGAAGUACAUCCAUGAGAUCCUCAAGCGAUUCAACAUGAAAGAAAAUGUGCCUUACGAAACUCCGUUGCCUACCAAUCAUAAGUUAUCUGAUGAAAAGGACAAAGAUCCUGAAGUGGAUCCUUCAGUUUAUCGUGCAAUGAUUGGUUCUUUAAUGUAUCUUACUCCAUCUCGACCCGACAUAAUGUUUUCAGUAUGUUUAUGUUCUAGGUACCAAGCCACUCCGAGAAUAUCACAUUUGAAAGCCGUCAAACGGAUUUUCCGCUAUCUUAAAGGCAAACCAAGACUUGAAUUAUGGUAUCCAGUCUAG